UGGGAGCCCCGUCCCCGCAGGUUUCCCGAGUCAGCCGAGAUGGCGCAAUGGAAUCAGCUGCAGCAGCUGGACACGCGGUACCUGGAGCAGCUGCAUCAGCUCUAUAGCGACAGCUUCCCCAUGGAGCUCAGGCAGUUCCUGGCCCCCUGGAUCGAAAGCCAGGACUGGGCGUACGCUGCCAGCAAGGAGUCCCACGCCACGCUGGUGUUCCACAACCUGCUGGGGGAGAUCGAUCAGCAGUACAGCCGCUUCCUGCAGGAAUCCAACGUCCUCUACCAGCACAACCUGCGCAGGAUCAAACAGUUCCUGCAGAGCAGGUACCUGGAAAAGCCAAUGGAAAUCGCCCGGAUUGUGGCUCGGUGUCUCUGGGAAGAAACUCGCUUGCUCCAGACAGCUGCAACCGCAGCCCAGCAAGGCGGGCAGGCGUCCCACCCCACGGCCGCCGUGGUGACGGAGAAGCAGCAGAUGCUGGAGCAGCAUCUACAGGACGUGAGGAAGCGGGUGCAGGACCUGGAGCAAAAGAUGAAGGUGGUGGAGAAUCUCCAGGACGACUUUGACUUCAACUACAAGACGCUGAAAAGCCAAGGAGAUAUGCAGGAUCUGAACGGAAACAAUCAGUCUGUGACGCGGCAAAAGAUGCAGCAGCUGGAACAGAUGCUGACCGCGCUGGACCAAAUGCGCAGAGGGAUUGUGAGCGAACUGGCCGGGCUGCUGUCGGCCAUGGAGUACGUGCAGAAGACGCUGGCAGACGAGGAACUGGCUGACUGGAAGAGAAGGCAGCAAAUCGCCUGUAUCGGGGGCCCUCCCAACAUCUGCCUGGAUCGCCUGGAAAACUGGAUCACCUCCCUCGCAGAGUCCCAGCUUCAGACACGGCAGCAGAUCAAGAAGCUAGAGGAGCUGCAGCAGAAAGUCUCCUACAAAGGAGACCCGAUCGUCCAGCACCGGCCCAUGUUGGAGGAGAGGAUCGUGGAGCUGUUCAGGAAUCUAAUGAAAAGCGCCUUCGUGGUGGAGAGGCAGCCCUGCAUGCCCAUGCACCCGGAUCGCCCCCUGGUCAUCAAAACCGGCGUGCAGUUCACCACCAAAGUCAGGUUACUCGUCAAGUUCCCUGAGCUGAACUACCAGCUGAAGAUUAAAGUUUGCAUUGACAAGGACUCUGGUGACGUUGCCGCGCUCCGGGGGUCCCGGAAGUUUAACAUCCUGGGAACGAACACCAAGGUCAUGAACAUGGAGGAGUCGAACAACGGCAGCCUGUCGGCGGAGUUCAAGCACCUGACGCUGCGGGAGCAGAGGUGCGGCAACGGGGGCAGAGCCAACUGCGACGCCUCCCUGAUCGUCACGGAGGAGCUGCACCUCAUCACCUUCGAGACCGAGGUCUAUCACCAGGGCCUGAAGAUCGACCUGGAGACCCACUCGCUGCCCGUCGUAGUCAUCUCCAACAUCUGCCAGAUGCCCAACGCCUGGGCGUCCAUCCUGUGGUACAACAUGCUGACAAACAACCCCAAGAACGUGAACUUCUUCACCAAGCCCCCGAUCGGCACGUGGGACCAGGUGGCCGAGGUUCUGAGCUGGCAGUUCUCCUCCACCACCAAGCGGGGGCUCAGCAUCGAACAGCUGACCACGCUGGCCGAGAAACUCCUAGGGCCAGGCGUCAACUACUCCGGCUGCCAGAUCACGUGGGCCAAGUUCUGCAAGGAAAACAUGGCCAGCAAAGGGUUUUCCUUCUGGGUCUGGCUGGACAACAUCAUCGACCUGGUGAAGAAAUACAUCCUGGCGCUGUGGAACGAAGGGUACAUCAUGGGGUUCAUCAGCAAGGAGCGGGAGCGCGCCAUCCUGAGCACCAAGCCGCCAGGCACCUUCCUGCUGCGGUUCAGCGAGAGCAGCAAGGAGGGGGGCAUCACCUUCACCUGGGUGGAGAAGGACAUCAGUGGGAAAACCCAGAUCCAGUCCGUGGAGCCGUACACCAAGCAGCAGCUCAACAGCAUGUCGUUUGCGGAAAUCAUCAUGGGCUACAAAAUCAUGGAUGCCACCAACAUCCUGGUCUCGCCCCUGGUCUACCUGUACCCAGACAUCCCCAAGGAGGAAGCCUUUGGCAAAUACUGUCGCCCGGAGAGCCAGGAGCACCCCGAAGCUACGGACUCAGGCACUGCGCCGUACCUGAAGACCAAGUUCAUCUGUGUCACCCCAACGACCUGCAGCAACACCAUCGACCUGCCCAUGUCCCCGCGCACGCUGGACUCGCUCAUGCAGUUUGGCAAUAACAGCGAGGGAGCGGAGGCCAAUGCAGGAGGCCAGUUUGAGUCUCUGACCUUCGACAUGGAGCUGACUCCGGAGUGUGCUGCCUCGCCCAUGUGAGGGCCACGCGCCCGGCUCCG